UGGCAUCAUAGAUGCGCUAAAACUAAAAAGUGGGUGCCCAAGAAGCACCAGAAGUGGAACCUGGGAGCAGGUGGUUGACGAAAUUCUCUAUAUUUUGAAGUAUUCUGUCAGAUGAAUCGAUGUUUUUGUUAUAUUUUGGUUUAAAUUUGUCGCCGAUACGGUUUAUUUUAGGUUGCCCGUCCGUAGAUCGACUAUUUGGCAACGCUGAUAACUCGCGACAGCUGUUGACAGUUUGACAGAUAAUAUUGAGGUUAGUUUUUAUAUUUGGUCCAAAAAGUAACGUAGGAAUUUUCAUAUGAAUUUAAAACGUUAUAUAAGAAAUUACCACAAAAGACACACGUAAUGUAUUUCUAAUGGCAUGCAUCAACCACGAAAUCCCACUUGUAGUUCAACAAACAGCACAAGAAUCUAUUUUUAAAAGUUAAACAGUUCAAAUAACAGAUGUGGGACUAUUGACUAGAAUUAACAGAAACAUGGAUAAAGAAAAUACUGAAAGGAAACUAUCUUGGCCAGAAUUGAAGGCGGUAGUAAGUGACCUAAGAAGGCAGCUGUCUAGCCUCUCGUCCAUGGUUCCCAACUCUAUAACAUUUCGGACUCUCCAGGACGGUAGAACUAGAAUAUACUUCCUAAGUACUCCGCAAAAUACUUGGGAGAAUACCCUUUUGUGCGCCGAUGUGCCAAAUGGCCACCAGCCUACUAGUAUGAGACUACAGUGGCAGUGCGUUAUCGAAUCGAAUUUCCCCACUAUUUCUACUGCUGAUAAGUAUUCUCGAGAGGAGCAGUUGAUACGAGAGAGGAAACGUCUAACCACUUGGGGCAUCAAUUCAUAUGAGAUACAUAGUGACUCAGGGAAGAUAAUCUUUCCUGCAGCUAGCAGCCUUUUUCAAUGCAUUGAUAGUGGCUACUCUACUGGUUCCCUGUUCCCGACCAAGCUACGGAUGACAUCUUCCGGAGCAAAAAUCAACUCUCAGAUAUGUCCUUCAAAUUCGGAUUUGGUGGCGUAUAUCUGCAACCACGACAUUUGGGUGACGCACACUGUGUCAGGUUCGAAUGUCAGGUUGACGUAUGCGCAUAAAGGGGAGAGGAACCUUUCUGAUGACCCACUUUGUGCCGGAGUGCCAUCCUAUGUUAUGCAAGAAGAGUUCUCGCGGUAUCAGGGAUAUUGGUGGCAGCCUAGAUGUACAGACGGCGUGUAUAGAAUAUUAUACGAAGAAGUAGACGAAGGCGACGUCAAAGUAUUCUGUUUCCCCUCGUCUCACUCGGACUCGGGCGAAGUAGAGGAGUUUCGUUUCCCCAGAGCUGGCUGCCCCAACUCCAAAUCCUACCUGAAGAUGAUGGAGUUCAAGGUCAACGAGCAUCUGCAGAUCAUCGACAUUUCCCACUUGGAGUUGCAGUUCUCGUUGGCGAUGCUGUUUCCUUGGAUGGAGUACAUGGUGAGGGUCGGAUGGACGCCAAACGCUGAAUACAUUUGGGUUCAGCUUUUAGACCGUAGGCAACAGAGACUGGAACUAGUAUUACUAUCUCUAAGCAAUUUUACCGAAGCUCUUCCUGUUUUCGACGAUUCGACUAACGCUUACUUAGGAAGUCCCGUCGUACAAGUAAUAUACUCGCAAGAAUCCAACAUUUGGAUCAACGUACACGAUAUUUUGCACUUUCUGCCAUCGUCCGACAAUAACGAGGUCCAGUUCAUAUGGGCGUCAGAGGAGUCCGGUUACCGGCACUUAUACCUGAUCACCGCCCAGAUAAUGCCAUACAUGAACGGCAUCGCGGAGGGUUCCGAACCGAUGGACUACGUGUUUCUUCAGCCGAAAAUCCUGUCGAAAACGGCGCUAACCUUGGGCGAUUGGGAGGUGAUGGGUCAGGAGAUUUGGGUGGACUCCGAGAAACAGCUGGUGUAUUUCAUGGGGCUUAAGGAGACCCCGUUGGAGAAACAUAUGUAUGUCGUGUCGCUGAGGAGACCUGGGGAGGUUAGGUUGCUUACCAGGCCUGGGUAUUCGUAUAUGGUGGACUUUGAUAGGGAUUGUUCGAUGUUGGUAACGGUCUACAGCAACAUCCAGAAACCGCCCGCGUGUCAAGUGUUCCGCGUGACGCACGCUGAUUGGACCGUAGAAGGCGUCACGCUGACCCCCGUUGGGUACCUCGUGGAAUCCACCCCUUUAUCCAACGAUUGCUACGCCCCUGAUUUGUACACGCACGAGAUCAGUUCUGGCCACGUGCUGUACGCGAUGGUGUUCAAACCGCACAAUUUCGAGCCAGGGCGGAAGUACCCCACGGUGCUGAACGUGUACGGAGGGCCGGAGGUGCAAUUGGUGUCUAAUACGUUUAAGGGUAUGAGACAGUUGAGAAUGCACAUGUUGGCAGCUAGAGGCUACUGUGUGGUGGCGAUAGACUCUCGAGGGUCCCAACAUCGCGGUCUCCAGUUCGAGAGUUACAUCAAGAAACGCAUGGGCACGGUAGAGCUUAAAGACCAAAUUGAAGUAUUAAAAUGGCUGGCUGAUAGUUUAGGGUAUAUCGAUUUGGAUAGAAUAGCGAUACACGGAUGGUCUUACGGUGGCUAUCUUAGUUUGAUGGGCUUGAUCCAUUUUCCGGAUGUCUUCAAAAUAUCGAUAGCUGGUGCUCCGGUAACGAAUUGGAACCUUUAUGAUACCGGGUAUACGGAAAGAUACAUGGACUUGCCUGAACACAAUCCUGAAGGUUACUUUGAAGGUUCUGUUCUGAAUUACAUCAACAAAUUUCCAGAAGAGGAGAACCGAUUGCUGAUAAUCCACGGCCUGAUCGACGAAAACGUCCAUUUCUACCACACCAGCCAAUUGAUCAACGCUCUGAUCAAGGCCGGCAAACCGUACCAACUGCAGAUCUACCCGAACGAACGGCAUUCGUUAAGGCAUCUGGACGCUAGCAAACAUUACGAAACGACGCUGCUAUCUUUCUUGCAGAACAACCUGUGAGAUGAGUGGUGAAUCGUUGUGCGUGCCGAGAUGUCGCGGUUUACAGCGGGGGUGUACGGGGUGAUUCGAAAAAUACCGGCCAACCGGUAGAGCAGAGAAAUGACAGAACGAUUUUACUAAGCAAAAAAGCACAAAUUCAACCAAUUUGAAUGAGCAUAAUAAUAAUAUUUACAAGUACCUACACACUCAGCAUCAAUACUAAAUAAAACAGACACAUUCAAAAGAUACAAAUAUGAAAAAAGAAAAAUGUAAUCAAUAUGUCACUGAAGUCGUUGACUAGAAAUGUUUCAAUACUAUAAAAAGCUUUAGGUUUGAGAGGUGCCAAAAAGGAUCGAAGAUCCUAGCGCCAUCUGUGAGCGAGUAGCAAAAGCAAGCACUUCAACUCUUUUCAGAGUAGAUUUAUAAAUAUAAAUUUUGUGUACUGCUAUGGUUUAAUUAAUGGCGCUAAGAUCGUUCAAGUAGAAUAUUCGUUAAUACAGAAAACAGAACAGAAAAACAUUUUUCCAACUGACAUUUUGAAAAAUAUCUCAUUCUGUAUCUCGGAAAGGGUCAUUUUUUUAUCUUUAUUUCUAGGGUGUAAUUCUUCCAGGUUUGCUCUGGCAAGGAUUUUUUGAAUCGCCUUGUAUAUGUGUUGUUAAUAGAUGCAGGUUUCGAGUGGUUUUUAUAACUUUUUGUAGCCCCAAAAUGUGUUUUUUAAAAACGAUGUAGUUAUAGAUGUAAUUUUGAAACUGUCAAAAAUGCUAGUAUUUUUUCGAAAUGUACGAACAAGCAAGCUGGAGUUUAUCUCACUUCUAUUGAGUAUAGUUCCGCCGUACUUUUUUCGCUUGUUCUAAAAUGCGUUUAACGUGUAUGAUUCAUCCAAUUUGACAGGAUUUUUAAAAAAUCUUGUGAUGAAUUUUGUGUUUUUCAUGUGAUAUGUACAUACAGUCUAUCUGCAUCAUCUGUAUUGACUACUGAGGUUUCUUCAAAUAACUGAGAGCAAUAUCAACAUUACUAUAGUUUUCUCAAAUUUUCAUGGAUUUUGAAAAGUCUUACGAUCCCCAAGCAAAACUUACCAAGACAAAAAUCAUUCAAACACUUUUUAAUGUAAUUAUUUUUUCGUUCUACCUUUGAAACAUUUAGACGAGGCGAAUACAAACAUUUUUCGACUUGAUCUUUUAUUGAAAAAAAAAUCGAAUCGGAAAAUUUCUAAUUUUAUUUUUUGGGUAGGUGAGAAGAGAAUUCAUUGAAUUUUUGACAUAUAUAUUUCAUACUAAAAAAUGCCUAAACUUUGCUUGGGUCUCGUACUCAUUCGCAAUAAUAUACAAUAUUUUUAACGGCGUUAUCAAUAAUUUGUUCAUGCUGAAUUGUUAAUAUUUUCUGAUGUUGUACGGUUUGAUUUCAUAUUUCUGUCUUUCAUAAACUCGUUUCUCUACCUAUACAGGGUGUUCGAAAAAUAGACGAAGAUAUUUGAAGAUUGUUAAAAAAUAUGAAAAAAACUUUCUAUAAACAUAUUUUUUGUAUUGAUAUCUUAAAAAAUAUUAUUGAAAAUUGGCAAUAGUAUUUGCUGCAUCAAGAGGCUAUUUUUUAUUUUUGUUGUUUUCCAAGGCACUUGUAAUUUUUUUAGCAAAAAUUAAUAAACCAAUUUUGUCCAGUAACAUGCAAAAAAACGGUUUUUAUUUUUUUCGAAAACGAAGUGAGAUACGAAAAAAUACGAGAUGCAAAUUCAGGACCCAAACUUUUUUCAUAUUUUUUAACCUUCUAAAAUAUCUCCGUCUAUUUUUCAAACCCCCUGUAUGAAAGAUGUAUAUGGUUCAAUGUAUUGUGCCGCUAUUGGAAUGAUCUCUGUAGAUAUAAAAUUGUGGUACUAACGCAAACGAUGUACAAUAUUGGUUAUAAAUUUGGAAGGUUCAAGUUCGGUAUUAUCAAGAUCUUUAUCUAGAGCUUCACCUUCUACUACGAAAUCUGGCUAACAAAGUAACAGAAAGAUUAUCGACUGCUGUGAUUUUUUAAAUUGAUUUUCAGUUUAUUUCUAGUAUUGUAUACUUAGCCGUUUUGGUAGUGGCUGAUAAUAGUAUCGGUUAUUUUUAUAUAGUGAAUAUUGAACUAAAAGUAUUACACGAUAGUUGCACUUGUAAUAAAAGAAAAGACAUUUAAAAUUACUAAACUGUUCAACAAUAAACAAUUUGUAUUUAUUAACAAACAUUUUUUUGGAUGGAUUGAUUAUUGUAUUAAAAUGCUAUCAGGUAUC